AGCCCUGGGCUCCCUCAAAGACCCGCGGCGCUCGCCGCCCGCCCCCCCUCGCCGUGCCAUGGCGUGCCCGCGCCGGGCGCUGCUGCUCCUCGCCGCAGGUGGGGCCGAGGCUGCCGCCGCCCCGGCCCACUCGGCCGGGCCCCUGGCGCGCGGCCUCUGGAAGGCGCUGAGGCCGGAGGAGGGCCAGUGCGGACGACCACGGCCCCGCGAGGGACGGCAGCCGGAUGCCCGUGGUCGGCCUCGGCACCUGGAAGUCCAAGAGCGGCGAGGUGGAAGCCGCGGUCACCCACGCCAUAUGCGAGGCUGGGUACCGCCACAUCGACGCCGCCCAGAUCUACGGGAACCAGGAGGAGGUCGGGCGCGGGAUCCGCCACGCGAUCGACAAGUGCGGUGUCAAGCGCGGGGAGCUGUGGAUCACUACAAGAUAUGGAUGGUCGACUACCGGCAGGAGGACCUGCCGGCUGCCGUGGACCGGAUCCUGCGGGAGCUCGGCCUGGACCAUGUCGACCAGCUGCUGCUGCACUGGCCGGUGCCGCUCGAGAGGCCCCCCGCCGGGUGCCCGCCGAGCUGCCCUGAGCGCUUCGCUGGCACCGACAACGCCAUGCGGCCUCGGGGCUCGGACGGCAACUACGUCCUCUCCGACCUCCCCAUCCUGGCGGCCUGGGGGGCGCUCGUCGGCCAGAAGCGGGCCGGGAAGGUGCGCUCCGUCGGGGUGUCCAACUUUCAGCCGUCCGAGAUCGACGAGCUGA